AUGACCGACACGCCGCAGACAACUGCAGGUGAAACCCCCAAAGGAGCUAAGGUUCUCCAACAACAUCUGGACCCUGGGUACGAGUUUGCCUUCGAUCCCGCAACGCCUGGCGCAGACGGCCCUGGCAGCUCGUCAAAUUCUAUCCGCAAUGGGCCUGAGUCUUCACUGAGGUUACAAGGUGGCGACAUCCACCGAGAUCUCUACAAGAUCGCCGCGAAAGGCAAACGACAACAGCUGCACAAGCGAGCCGCAACCUUCUCUAACACCCAUGAAUACGCACCGUCAAUGGUCUCAGAUAUCGACCAUGACGAGCUACCAGUCCAGGAGCAGAUGGCACCAGGAGGUCUGAGACGGCAAUUUUUGCAAAAACAAGCCCGAAGUGUUAGCUACAUCGCCGAGCCCGUUACUAGGAAUUUCAUAUCCUUCUUGGAGUUGUAUGGUAACUUCGCCGGCGAAGAUCUUGAGGAGUCGGAUGAUGAGGAUGCUAUUGAGGAUGAUGAGGAGGAGCAAGGCGAGCGUCGGCCUUUGCUUGGGCGUCGACAGAGCUCUAAGAGGCUUAGGCAGCAGGGUGAUGCCUCGAACAUGAAGUCGUUUUUCACCCUGCUGAAGGCUUUCGUGGGUACUGGUAUCAUGUUCCUGCCAAAGGCAUUCAAGAAUGGCGGUAUGCUGUUCUCAGCUGUCACUCUUAUCACGGUUUCGCUCGUCACCUCGCUUUGCUUUGAGCUGCUCCUCGCCUGCAGGAAGCAGUACGGCGGCGGCGGUUAUGGGGACCUCGGUCAACUGAUUGUCGGGAAGAGGCUGCGCCAGCUGAUUCUUGUCUCAAUCACACUCUCGCAGUUUGGCUUCGUAUGUGCUGGUCUCAUCUUCACCGCGGAGAACCUGGCUUCCUUCUUCGACGCAGUCACGCCCAACUCUGCGCCGCUUGGUACCAACGCUCUUAUUGGUAUCCAACUUGUCGUUCUCAUUCCCUUGGCUUUCAUCCGCAACAUUUCAAAGCUUGGCCCUGCCGCGCUGCUUGCCGAUGUCUUCAUCCUAAUCGGUCUGACAUACAUCUACUGGUACGACAUUUCUUGGAUCAGCAAGAUGGGUGGUUUCCAUCCCAGCAUUGAACUCUUCAACCCGCGCGACUGGACCAUGACCAUAGGCUCUGCGAUCUUCACCUUUGAAGGUAUCGGUCUUAUCCUUCCCAUCCAAUCGAGCAUGAAGCACCCCGAAAACUUCAGCAAGCUGCUGUACAUUGUUAUGGCCAUUAUCACGGUUAUCUUCACCUCGGUCGGUGCUCUGUGCUACGGUACUUUUGGUGAGAACGUUUCCGUCGAGGUAAUUACGAACUUUCCCCAGUCGAGCAAGCUUGUCAACGCUGUCCAAUUCCUCUACGCCAUGGCCGUUCUAGUUGGUACGCCUGUACAGCUCUUCCCUGCCAUGCGUACGCUUGAGCUUAAGAUCUUCGGUCGUGCAUCGGGAAAGAAAGACAGUCUCACGAAGUGGAAAAAGAACGCAUUCAGGACGGCGCUGGUCAUCUUUGCCGGAGUUGUUGCGGCUCUCGGUGCGAGUGACCUCGACAAGUUUGUGGCUCUUAUCGGCAGUUUUGCAUGUGUACCGUUGGUAUACAUCUACCCGGCAUACCUGCACUACAAAGGUGUGGCCGAGCGUCCCUGGGCCAAGGCUGGUGAUAUCUUGAUGAUGCUUGUUGGUCUUGUUGCUAUGGUCUACACCACCAGCAUUACUAUCGCUAGGUGGGCGGAGACAUAA